ACCUUUACUGUGACCGUUAACUUCUCUCCUCUAUUAAGCCUCUGAGUCCGGAAGACAAAGACAAUGGGAGAAGAGAGUAGGACAUGGUGAGUUGAAGCAGAAAAAUCAAAAACCCAAAAUCUCCGAGAUUAGCCAUGGCUGCUUUCUCUAGUUCACCACUACUUUACAUGUCGAAAAACCCUAUUUCUUUGAACUUCCCGUCUCCAAUUGUCUUCUUCCUUCCUUGUUAUCACCAUGCGCCUUCGCCUCACCUGCAUUUCCGUGCUCUCUGUGCCCUAAAAACUGGGUCGGACGGAGGCAGUGUUGGGAGUCGAGACGCUUACAACUCAGAGAUACUGAGGAAGCCCGUCAUGUCGUCGGUAGACGACGAUGUUGGUUCUGCCAAGGCAGCCAUUUCGAACAGUGACUUCGGGGAACCCGCUGAAGAAGGAAAAAAGGGUUACAAGGAAGAAGAUGAAUGGGUUGAUUGGGAAGAUCGAAUUUUGCAGGAUACGGUGCCGCUUGUUGGUUUCGUUAGGAUGAUCCUUCACUCUGGAAGAGACAAAAGCUUCGAUAUGCUUGCUCCCGAGCAUGAAGGAAUCAUCAACCCACUCCUCCCCCACUUUCCCUUGCGGGAAAAGAGAAUCAACUGUGCCAUAAACAAAAUUACGAUUGGAUAUCAUCCUGAAUUUGAGAGUUCUCGUUGCUUGUUCAUAGUCCGUAAGGAUGGGGAAAUGGUGGAUUUCUCAUUCUGGAAAUGCAUAAAAGGUCUGAUCAGGAAAAACUAUCCUCUGUAUGCAGAGAAUUUCAUCCUCAGACAUUUUCGACGGCGUAAGUCCAAAGAAUGACUGAACCUAUCAAGCACGUAGCCUUCAUUUAUUAUUGUAUUUAGAAAAAGAAAAAGGUAGACGGAAAGGCACAGUGGGCUUCAUACAAUUGAAUUAGUAUUGUGCAAAAAAUCAUUGUAUUUGUAGCAAGUGAUAGGCAGGAAGGAAAAAAUUUUCCUUUUUCAA